AUGUCGCAAGUUAGGCAGAAUUUCCACCAGGAUUCAGAAGAUGGCAUCAACAAGCAGAUCAAUUUGGAGCUUUACGCCAGUUACCAGUACAUGGCCAUGGCAUACCACUUCCACAGAGAUGAUGUAGCAUUGAUGGGUUUCUACAAAUAUUUCAAAGAAGCAUCAGAAGAGGAGCGAGAACACGCCUACAAACUUAUGGAGUACCAAAACAAAAGAGGAGGAAGGGUUGUUUUAGAGGAUAUCAAGACACCUGCGAAGCAAACGUGGGCAACCGCUGAAGAAGCAAUGAAGGAUGCGUUAUGUUUAGAAAAGACUGUUAAUGAGGCACUGCUCAAACUGCAUGGUAUAGCAACAUUGAACUCGGAUGCGAAUAUGUGCGAUUUCCUGGAGAAUCACUACCUACAAGAACAAGUGGAUGCCAUUAAAGAGAUCAGCGACCACGUGACCAAUCUGAAGAGGGUUGGCGAAGGACUUGGUGUCUUUAUGUUCGACCAAAAAUUGAAAGAUUAAAUAUUUUUUUAAAGUAGUGCACUUUGGACAUGUAUAUCUGUGCGUGAAUAUCACAAUGUUAACUGACAAAUAAUGCUUUAGGCAUUGAUAAGACGAACUUCCCUUCCACCUGCUUCGACUUUGCUUCAAGGGAAGAUGAGAUAUACGUAUACAGUGGAAUUUCUAAAAAUUGUUUACCUUGCUUUAUUAUAAAAAGAGUUGUAGCAAUAAGCAAUGUCAAUUUUCCACACUUUACACUUGACAGUGUGGUAACCCAUUUUUAUGGCACACAUAUAAGGUCUUACAAUUAUAUACACUUCAUCUCAUGUACUAGAAAAAAUAUAUACCAUAUCGUUCAGCGCCAUUUUUUUUUAUUUACCUACUAGCCUUCUGCUUUAGGGUUUUACAAGCAGUAGAUUUUGCGACUCUGUGGAAACCAAUGCAAAAUGCGACACUGCCAUCUAACGCGUAUUGCUGGUUUUCAGGCAGUAGUUGACCCCAUGUAGAGGCGAUGGCUGGCCACGUUGUUGCCGGCUUGACCCUCACAGUGGAGAUUUUGGUACUUGCCAUGACAGAUGACUGCAUCGUCGAAUAUGCGUUCGCGGAAAAAACCAUGCCUGUAACCUUGCUGGAGCAUCAAUUAGUAAAUGUCCAAAAUGUUUACGUCUUCCGUAAGGUGGUUCAGACGAGAUUCUGACAGAGUGGACAGAGAUUUUACAUAUCUAUAUUUAUAUACCGACGGUUUCAAAUUCGACUCUCGGCAUUGUGAUCUCGGAAACGGUAAGAGAUACGGAAUCGGUUAAACGAGGGCAAAAUUAUGCAUGAAGGUAACUAAGAAAGUGGUUACGCAACUCCUAGUAUUUUCGA